AUGUCGGAGGGGCCUUCCGAUCUGCCCAAUUCGCAUCUAGAGCCCCCCAGGAAGACUACUGAAAUGCAAGAUUCAGGAGCUGGUGACCAUAUCUCCGAAAGCGAGGACGAACACUUCUCAGAUGCCAGUGAAGGCAAUGCAGAGCCUCAGGCGCUCCCACAAUCUGGACGCACUUCCCCUGUUCCGCGAACACGAGUCGAGAGGGUCGACAGUGGCGCCCAACAUGGCGAGGUCCCUGGGACUGCAGCAUUCGAAACGAGGGGGCAAGACGCCGUCCCUGACGAAAUUAUAGUGGUUCCAGAGGAUACACACAGCCAGAACCAGUCGGCCGCGGGGUCGGAAGACCGACCUCUGGACUCCGAAAGCUCGCCCAUCCCGCGGACAAUGGUUGAGAAGGUAGAUCCGGAUGAACCUAGCCACGGCGAAGUACCGGGUACUCUGGCAAACGAAAAGCGCCUCGCCGAUGCGGUUCCUGACGUGGUGACAAAAGCUUCGGACUCGGAGGGAAGCCCGACGCCGCCAGCUCUAGACCCUACGCCCCCAAAUGAUAACGUUUCCCAAGAAAACAUCCCAGAGACACGACUUGAGCGGGUGGAAACCCUACCUGUUGGUGAAGAAGCAUCCCCACACCCACAGGCUCACCAGAGCGCACCAAGUGACACAUUACCCGAUAUGGUAGAAACCGUGCCAGAUGUUUCAAUGUCGGAUGACCCCGAGCUUCCAGUCCAACAUCUCUCUUUAGAAGAGAGGGAUGCGAAUGAAUAUGAUGAAUACGAUGAGCAAGAAGAUGAGGAAGAAAUGGGGGACGAUUUUGACGAAUUCGUAGAAGAGCAGGAUGAUAUGGGAGACGAUGAUUUUGGAGAUUUUGAUGACGGGUUUCAAGAGCCCAGUGCAGAGGAUACAGAGGAGCCUCCGGCAGAAACAACUGCAGCAUCUCAACAGCAUCAAACACUCCCAUCAGUUCCCCCUCUCAUUGAUUUCAACACCUUCAACUCAACAUCAGAACUCCUCAACUCCCUCCAAGACACCCUUGACAAUCUCUUCCCCUCAUCCAACGACCUAAGCUCCCUCCCCGCGGUCGAGCCAAUCCCAGACUCAACCGCAAUCUUCAGCACCGAGCGCUCCCUCUCUCUGUGGUCCCAACUCGUCGCACCACCACCCCUUCAACCUCAAAAUUGGGUCAAAUCCCGCAUCCGUCGCCUAUUCCUAGUAUCAUUGGGCGUCCCCGUUGACCUUGAUGAGAUUCUCCCAGCCUCAAAACAGAAAAAGCUCAUCCUCCCCUCCAUCGACCUAGAAGGCACAGGGGCAAAGAGCCCCCGCUCAACUAGCCAAGUCCGCAAAGAAGGCGCCCAAACAGACCCCGAAAAGGGGCCUCCUCCGCGCCAAAGGACCUCUCGGCGUACCGAUCCAUCCCCGCCGAGCAUGGACCUCUCGGCGGUUCGUCGACUGUGUGCCACUACCGAUGCUGCGCUGGGUGGCCUCACCGACGCGGAAUUGAAGUUGCAUGUCCAGGAAUUGGAACAGGUUACCCAGCGUGCUAGCGCGGUGCUUGAACACUGGCUUAAGCGGCGGGAUGGCCUGGUUGGUGAAAAAGAGGCUUUCGAGGGCGUUAUUGAGAACCUUGUUAGCCAUGUUCGGAGAGUCAGGAAAUAG